GUCCAGGACCAGACUUGAAGCUACCAGUCCGGUUCAAGACCGCACUGCUUUCUGUCGUCCUCACAAUAAAAAAACGCUGGUCUACUCUUUAUGUUAAACACUUAUACUUUCCCCUUGGAGCCAAUUCACGUUUACGCUGAGCCGCUGCAUUCAUCCCUCUCUCUCCUCCAUUGAAGCGCCUCUCUCUUCCUUUGAAGCAGCUUCAGAGUGAAGGCCUGUUACAAACAAUGGCAGAAACAACCCAAGUUCAAAAGAGCACACCAGUGCUUCCAUGGAUGAAAAACCCAGUUGACAUUGUUGAUUUUAAGGAAACCCCUUUAACUAUGCUCCCUUUUCUCGACCCUAGAUUGGAUAAGGCUUUGAAGAAUGUCCAUAUCUCUUCACUAUUUCCUGUACAAGUUGCUGUUUGGCAAGAGACUAUAGGUCCUGGUGCUUUUGAGCGUGACCUAUGUGUAAACUCACCCACUGGAAGUGGAAAAACUUUGUCUUAUGCUCUGCCAAUAGUGCAGAAGCUAGCUACACACUCUGUGAAAUGUUUGCGUGCAUUGGUGGUGUUGCCCACUCGUGAUUUAGCUGUGCAGGUCAAAAAAGUCUUUGAUGAUAUUGCUGCAGCAGUUGGCUUGUCUGUUGGUUUGGCUGUUGGGCAGUCCUCACUUGCUGAUGAAAUUUCAGCACUAGUUAAAGCACCAAGACUUGAGGCUGGCUUCUGUUAUGACCCUGAAGAUCAUGCAAACAAAUCACGAAGUGCUGUAGACAUACUGGUAGCAACUCCUGGAAGGCUUAUGGACCAUAUCAAUACUACUAAAGGCUUCACACUUGAGCAUCUACGUUAUCUUGUAGUUGAUGAAACUGACCGAUUAUUAGGGGAGGCCUAUCAGUCAUGGUUGCCCGCUGUGCUCAAGUUGUCCAGUCCAAAUGACGAAGUGUUUGCACCUUGUGUUGAAGCCUUUUCUGCUUCAAUAUGUGGUUCUUUCAAAACCAUUCGGAGAUUUGGAGUUGAGAGGGGUUUUAAGGAUAAAGCUAAUCCCAGGCUUGUGAAGAUGCUUUUCUCUGCUACACUGACCCGAAAUCCUAGCAAACUUGAUCUGCUGGAUCUUCAUCACCCUUUAUUCUUAACAACUGGUCUAUCACGUUAUGCGUUUCCUGAAAAGCUUGAGUUUUUCAAAGUGAUUUGUGAAUCAAAUGAUAAAGCCCUGUAUCUAGUGGCCCUUCUUCAAAAGUUAAGAGGCGAGAAAUGCAUUGUUUUUACAUCAUCCAAAAAUAUGACCCAUAGGCUAUGCAGCUUGCUGAAAUGUUUUGGAAAUCUUGAAAUGAGAAUCAAGGGAUACUCAAGUUGUCAACACCAGGCUGUGAGAAGCAAAACACUAGAUGCAUUUCGGAAAGGAGAAGUGGAGGUGCUCGUUUCUUCUGAUAACCUGUCCCGAGGAACAGAUGUUGAAGCAGUAGCAAAUGUCAUUAUCUAUGAUGUGCCACGUUACAUCAAAGCAUAUCUUCAUCGUGCUGGAAGGACAGCUAGAGCAUUCCAAAUAGGGCGCUGCUUUACAUUGCUUCUAAAAGAUGAAAUGAAGAAGUUCAAGGCACUGCAACAGAAAGCAGAGAUCAGCUCUACAGUUUUCCCUCUUUCUUCGGAGUCAAUUCAGUCCCUUCAGCCUGCUUACACAUCUGCUUUUGAUAAGUUGAAAGAGAAUGUAGAAUCAGAAGCAUUUCGUAAACGCAAGGUUAACUUCAAGUCUACAAAGCCAAGCAGAGCUAAGACAGCGAAAGUAUAGUAGGCAUAUAAAUAUUAUCUAUUCUCCAACAAGAGCGCAUCACACCUGUGGUGACGGGUGGAAUUGACAGCACCGGGAGUGUAUACUUGCUGAAAAUGCGCCUGACUGAUCGUCACUGACUUUUGAAACAGGAGUAGAGAAUGAUAGUGAUGUGGGUGAUUGGGUGAAGCCUGAAGAGGAAUUAGCAAGUGGUUUAAUACUUGUGGUAUUAUGGGCUAUGUGUACUCGAAGAGCUGGGUUUCAAAUUUUGAAUCGGUUUUAGGAUAGCAGUUAAAUUUGAUGUACAUCGAAUCGGAUUCAAGAUACUAAAUCUUCUCAAAUUUUGUUUAGCAGUCCAAAUUUUGUAUGCCUUGGAUCUCAUUAAUGAAUAUGGUUGCAUACUAGUCCAAAUGUAUUGGAGUUCCUUUGGAUGUUCACUCAAA